AUGCCCACAAUCACUACGUCCAUCAUGCUUCCCCUCCUCUUCCUUCCCUUGCUGCCCUCCUCAUCCGCUCACAACCACUCCCCCUUCCCCCGCGACUCCGCCACUCGCCAUCGCAAUCUCGCUAGAGCCACCCACUCACGUCGGAAUGGAGGGGGCCUGGACUCGAAUCCCAACUUGGGAGGUUUCACAGUCGUUGGAGACUCGGGAGUGUCGGCGCAGAUGAUGUUUCUGGGGACAUCUCAGACCGUCUACAUGCUGGACAAAACCGAGAACAACUCGAUGACCGUCACCACCCCCGCUGGAGUCAUUCGGCCCGCUUGGGGAUCCUUCUAUGACCUGGAUACAAACACCGCUACGCCCAUGUCUGUGAUGUCAAACACAUUUUGCGCGGGAGGAAUGUCCACAGGAAACGGGUCUUGGGCAGUGUUUGGAGGGAAUCAGCCCGUCACCUAUGAAGGGGUGGCCGUCAACGACAAGGUCAAUAAUCCGAGCGGCGCAAACCCUUACAGUGAUUCGGAUGGAGGAACUGCCAUUCGUAUGCUCACGCCCUGUGACUCUGGAGAUUGUCCAUGGGAAGAGGGCGGAUCCGCUUUGACCAUGACCAGUAAACGAUGGUAUCCCACCAUCGAGGCGCUCGGUGACGGAUCACUGAUCGUCCUAGGCGGUGAUCAGAAUGGAGGAUACGUGUCGACCUUUGCCCAGAACAACCCGUCUUACGAGUACUGGCCGACCAACACGGGCAAGAUCCCUAUGGACUUCUUGAAUGCCACUGUUCCCCUAAACCUCUUUCCCUUGACCUUUUUGAUGCCGAGCGGCAAGCUGUUCAUGCAGGCGUACUACAGCACCAUUCUCUACGACAUGAACGCGCAACAGGAGAUUGCCCUACCUGACAUGCCUUAUGCGGCUCGUGUCUACCCCGCAUCCGCAGCUGUGGCUAUGCUGCCAUUGACGCCAGAGAACAACUACACCCCUACCAUAUUGUUCUGUGGAGGAUCAUCCGCCAAUUUCACAAAAUCUUCCGAUGGCGGCGCUGGCUUCAAUGUGACUGCUGUGCCUGCCGACGAUACCUGUGUCAGGAUCUCUCCCGAUGACCCGAACCCACAAUACUCGGAUGAUGACAGCUUGCCUGAAGGCAGAAGCAUGGGCAACUUUAUUUACAUGCCGGAUGGCAAGCUCUGGCUGGGAAAUGGUGUCAAUAUGGGAACCGCUGGAUACGGAGAUGAGAAAUAUUCUUACGGUCAAUCUUAUGGCCAGGACCCCGUGUACGACCCUGUGAUCUACGAUCCCAAUGCUGCUCCUGGUCAACGAUUCAGCCGACAGGGAUUAUCCCCCUCGAAUCAAGAACGAAUGUAUCACUCCACUGCCACGCUUCUGCCAGAUGGUGCAAUUCUCGUCGCGGGGUCGAAUCCAAACAAAGACGUCACCACGACAAAAUGGGGGACUUCAUAUGUCGUCGAGAAGUUCUAUCCUCUUUGGUAUUCUGAGCCUCGACCAGUGCCAACAUCCGAUUGGCCAGAGAACUUGUCUUACGGCGGAGAAGCCUUCAACGUCACGUAUCAGUCGAGCGGCAACAACUCGGUCUCCAAUACAAAGGUCGUCGUGAUCCGACCUGGUUUUAGCACGCAUUGCAUGAACUUUGGUCAACGAUAUCUCGAGCUCUCCACGACAUUUACUUCUGAUGAGACAUCUGGCGAGGUGACCAUGCACGUCGCUCAGAUGCCAUCCAAUGCCAAUAUCUUCCAGCCUGGGCCAGCCCUCAUCUUCCUCGUUGUGGAUGGUGUCCCGUCCAUUGGACAAUUCAUCACGGUGGGAUCCGGAGCCAUCGAGACACAAGAGGUUCUCGCUGCUUCUGUAUUGCCACAGAGCAGUGUCAUCAUCGAGGGGCAAAGCAACUCUACCGGUGCGAGCAUGACAGCUGUCGCCGGACCCAGCGCAUCAGCCGCGACUGGUGGUCAAAGUCUCCAUGCUUCUGGUGGAGCGACCGCGGGACUCGUGGUCCCUGGAACGCUUGGGAUCGCCCUGGUCUCGGGUGCGCUGUUGGCGCUGUGGUCAUGA